ACAAGCCAGCUAAAAUUUCUCUCUUUUAUCUAAUCAUUUUAGUCAUUGAAUCCAUCAUAGGAAUUGGGGGAAAUGGAGUCAUUGUGGCUAUCAAUCUCACCAACUGGGUCAUGAUCAGGAGACUGUCCUACUGUGAUAUGAUCUUGAUCUUCCUGAGCUUAUCCAGACUCUGCCUGCAAUCCUAGUUCAUGCUGAUGGUGGUUUGCAGCAUGUUCUAUCCAGCCUUUAAUAAUGAGGAUAAGGUAUACAACAUUUUCAAUACUCUCAUCAUGUUUCUGAACUACUCCAGCCUCUGGUUUGCUGCUUGGCUCAGUGUCUUCUACUGUGCCAAGAUUGCCAGCUUCACCCAGCCCCUCUUCAUCUGGCUGAAGUGAAAAAUUUCCAGUCUGGUUCCAUGGAUGCUGGUAAAAUCAUCCCUUUUCUCCUUACUGAGCAGUUUUCCUUUCUUGUGGGACAUCUGCAAUGUGUACUGCAACAACUCCAUGGCAAACAGCACAAAGGGGACAGUUGCGAAGGAGAUCAAUUUGUUUCCCCAGAUUCUUCUCAACAACAUUGGGAUAUGUCUGCCUUUACUAGUGUUUGUUGCUUCCACUGUCUUGUUAAUCACCUCUCUGUGGAGACAC